AUGAAAAAAAAAGACAUCAUUCUAGAAUACAAACUUUUUAAACGAUAUGUGUAACACUUACAAUUGAAAUUACUUUAAGAGGAAUCUUAUCAAAAAAAAUCCAUAAAUGUUAAGGUAAAUAGAAAUAGAUACUAUUAAAUUGACAUUAAAGUUAAUAAAAAUAGAGACAAUCUUCCUUUGAUAACUAAUCACUAUAAAAGCAUACCAUAAAACAUCAGAUUAUAAAAUCCAAUUCCAGUCUUGCUUGAGAGAUUAAGUAUAUAUAUUAAUUACUUAGCACCUAUGUCAGUUGAGUUAUCAUAAUGUGAAGAAACUGAAGAAUUAUUUAGAAUAAUUGAAUAAGCUUAAUAGGAAAGUAUAGAUAAAAGUAAAUAACUAUUAAGAAAUGAAUUAAAAAUAUUCUUAGAUUAUUUUUUUGAAAAAAAUAAAGAUUUAUUUAGAUCUAUUAAAGAUGUAUUUAAAUUUAAUGAAAUUGGACAAGCUUUUAAUGUGUCAGUAGAAUAAAUUUAAUUACAUUUUUUAUCUAAAAUAUAAGGUUAAUACUGUAUGAAGUCUGUUGUGAAAUAUCAAUUAGUAAGAUUCAACAGGUAUUUUUGUCCCAUUUGUAAUUUGUAUAUGUGUAGUUGGCAUUAUAGGUUAAGUUUGAGUUCUAUAUAGUUCAAAGAAUCAAAGAGUGUUUAUUGAGAGUGAGCCAAAUGAAGAGAUAAUAAUGAAUAUCCAAUCAAUUGAUAAUUUUUAUGAAACAGACUUCAAGCCUAAUUAAAUGAAUUUGAAAGAAAGUAUAUGGAGAUAUCAUAUGAAGAAUAAAUAAGAAAUAGAUAUAAGAUGUACUAAAGUUGAAAGAUGUGGUAGAUAUAAUUGUAAUAACAAAAAAAGAUUAAAGAAAUUUUAAAUAAAAUCUAUUCAAUAACUACUUGAAUUUGGGUUUAUGAAUUGUUGUUUUAUCAAUUAAAUAUUAUAGCAUCCUAUCUAUAAGAUUUAUUGUGAUUAAAUUAAUUCUAUAAUUAAGAAUUAUUCUAAUAAAUAAUUAAAUCAUACUAAUAAAUCAUAAUAGAAUAUUAUGUCUCCAGAAAUUUCUGAUGGAUUUGAUUCAUAUUCUUAAAAAUUACAAAAAAUUAGUAAUUACUAAUAAUAAUAUACACCAUGUUUUCAUGAAGGUAGUUGUAAAGAUGCAGAUUGUAGUUGUGUUAUGUGUCCAAAGUAUUGUUGCUGUAAAGGUAAAUGUGAAAAGAAAAUUAAGAGAUGCGAUUGCAAAUUCUGUGGAUAUGAUGAAAAGAAACAUAAAUUUUAAUGUCCUUGUUUCAAUUCAGGAUUUGAAUGUGAUCCAACUAUAUGCAAAUGUACAAAUUGCAAUAACGUUAAUUUAUUGAUGGGAAUAUCUAAAUAAUUAAUCUUAGGAAAAUCUCUUAUAUGUAACGGUUUAGGCUUAUUUGCUGCAUAACAUUUUAAAUAAUAUGAUUUUAUAGGUGAAUAUAGAGGUAAUUAUUUGUUGUUGGAUGAAGAAAGCUUUAUUAUAGAAUGUAAAAUUUAAUUAUAUCUUUUAUUUAGAAUGUAAUAUGCUUACAGGAAAACAUUAUUUAUUUGAAGUUGAUGAUAAAUGGCAAAUAGAUGGAACUUAUUAUAGCAAUUAUCUUAGAUUCAUUAAUCACGCAACAAAUUAAUCAGAAACAGCAAAUUGUUAAGCUAUUAUAUUAUUCUCUGAAGGAAGAUGGAGGAUUGGAAUGUAAUACAAUUAUUCUAUUAUAGGCUUGCAACUAAAGAAAUUGAAGUAGGAUAAGAAUUAUACUUUGAUUAUGGUGAUAAAUUCAAAACUAAAUGGUUAUAAGAAUUUAAUCAAAUAAGUUAACGAUAUUUUUAGAGCAAAUGA